AUGUUUUAUGGUGCUACUACCGACAGGGCCGCUGGUCCUUCUCCUGAAUUGUCUCUAGAAGAACAUGGUAUUGUGAGUUGUUUAUCAGGUAUUUUCGUCAAAUGGGUCAAUCCUGAAGAAAUAAUGCUAGGUAUGGUGGGGAUAAGUGCUUAUUGGAACAAAUUGGGAAAGAAACCUAUGGAAACCCUAGUGGGCAGUGAGGUUACUCUGUUAGACGAUUACACAGGAAGCGCUUGGCUGGUUCUUCGUUGGUCACAGAGGAAGCAACCAUCCCUAAUUCCCCCACUCAAUCGGAGUCUAUUAUGGACUGUACUGCUAAUCCCUCUGAGUCGUGGUCUAUCAUCGUCAAGCCAUCAAGCUUUGUUUGAACCUGUGAAUCCAGAUCCUUCUUUGGAACCACCUGCAACAACUACUCUCCAUGAGUUUCCGGUUACCACUGAUCCUGAACUGAACCAUGCCGAAGAAAAAUUGGCUUCUCCCGCUGAAACUUCCAACUUUGGGAUUCCUCUCCAUUCUACUUCGGGGGAAACCCCUAUUAUUGAAUCUAUCGAACUUUCUUCAAAAAUUCAAACCCCUGCCACUUUGUUUGCAGCUUCUGCCUUCCAACAAAAGCUUUUUGGAGCCGGAUUUGGGGUCUUGCAUGUGUUAAACACCGAUUCUACAUCUGUGACGAUGGAGCCUCUUCUUCUGGAUUAG